UAUAUAUAUAUAUAUAUAUAUAUUAUGUUAGGAACCCCGGCCAACAACGGCGGGAUCAGUGACGAGAGGCGGGUCGAGUUCGUAGCCCUGACCGCAGUCCACAUGGAGAGCAGCGAGCCGUCUACCCCGGAGCGCGGCCAUCCUCCACACCGCACUGGGCUCCUCGGAACGCCGCGACCAGUCGCCCCGAGAGCCCGGACAAACAGUUCUUGCUCCAACAAGCGCUGCAGAAAACUACAAAACUGUCUUUACAACGUGCUGGAGAGACCCAGAGGAUGGGCUUUCAUAUACCAUGCUUUCAUAUUCCUGCUUGUGCUUAGCUGUCUGGUGCUGUCUGUGUUUUCUACUAUUCCAGAACACCAAACACUAGCAAACGAAGGCCUGUUCAUUCUGGAGUUUGUGAUGAUCAUUGUGUUCGGGCUGGAGUACAUCAUCAGGGUCUGGGCUGCAGGAUGCUGCUGUCGGUACCGGGGAUGCCAGGGCCGUCUGCGAUUCGCCAGGAAACCCUUCUGUGUCAUAGAUUUCAUCGUGUUCGUGGCCUCAGUGGCAGUGAUCGCGGCCGGCACGCAAGGGAAUAUCUUCGCCACGUCGGCGCUGCGCAGCAUGAGGUUCCUGCAGAUCCUCCGCAUGGUGCGCAUGGACCGACGCGGCGGCACGUGGAAGCUGUUGGGCUCCGUGGUCUACGCCCACAGCAAGGAGCUGAUCACAGCCUGGUACAUCGGCUUCCUGGUCCUCAUCUUCGCUUCGUUUUUGGUCUACCUGGCCGAGAAGGAAGUCAACACGGAGUUCGCCACCUACGCAGACUCCCUCUGGUGGGGGACGAUCACUCUGACAACGAUUGGCUACGGAGACAAGACCCCGCGUACCUGGCUGGGGCGCAUGCUGGCCGCGGGCUUCGCCCUGCUGGGGGUCUCCUUCUUCGCACUGCCAGCUGGGAUCCUCGGGUCAGGCUUUGCCUUGAAGGUUCAGGAGCAGCAUCGUCAGAAGCAUUUUGAAAAGAGACGGAUUCCGGCAGCCAACCUGAUUCAGGCUGCCUGGCGUCUGUACUCGACCGACGUGAACCGCUCCUACCUGACUGCCACCUGGUAUUUCUACGACACCAUGCUGCCCUCUAUCAGAGAACUGUCCAUCCUGUUCAGUCAUCUUCCCCGCACACGCCACGAGGCUUUACGAAACUCCGAGAAGAAAUUCCACGAGAACUCCUCCCAGAACCACGGCCUGCUCGGGGGCCACAAGCCCUACACGUCAGAGUACCUGAUGGGGGAAAGCGGGAAGAUAGGAUUCCGAGAUCGGAUCCGGAUGAACAAUUCCCGCAGCCAGGGGUUCCGGAGCAAGCCGCCGCAGGCUGUCCCGGGGGUCCGGCUCUCCCCCAGCACGGAGAACGCUCCCGGGCUCACCAAGGUCCAGAAGAGCUGGAGCUUCAAUGACCGCACCCGCUUACGCACCUCUCUGCGGCUCAAACCCAGGCCUGCCACGGAGGUGGACGGUACUGGGGAGGACAGCAAUGAUGAUAAAGCCUACCAGUGUGACCUGACCAUGGAGGAGAUCAUGCCUGCGGUGAAGACUCUGAUCCGAGCCUUGCGUAUUCUGAAGUUUCUGGUGGCCAAGCGGAAGUUCAAGGAGACGCUGAGACCCUACGAUGUGAAGGACGUGAUCGAGCAGUACUCUGCCGGACAUCUGGACAUGCUGGGGAGGAUCAAGAGUCUGCAGACACGGGUGGACCAGAUCGUGGGUCGGGGGGUGAUCACGGCGGACAAGAAGGUGAGGAGCGAGAAAGGGGAGAAGACCCCCUCUGAACUGGAUCCAGUGGACGAGCUGAGCAUGAUGGGAAGAGUGGUGAAGGUGGACAAGCAGGUGCAGUCCAUUGAGCUCAAGCUGGAUCUGCUCCUCAACUUCUACACACAGUGCCUGAAGAAGGGCUCCUCGUUCACGCUGUCCGCCAUGCAGCUGCCUCUCGUGGAGCCAGACCUGACCUCGGACUACCACAGCCCUGUGGACCAUGGGGACCACGGAGACCUCUUCACCUCCCACCAGACCCUGGACUUCCAGCAGUCCGAGAGCUCCAAUCUGGAGUUUGAGAGCUGAGCGGGGCCUGGGGCCUGGGGCCUGCACAUACAGCCUCUCCCUUUCUCCGCCUUGGAUAGACACAACAUGCCUACAAAUAAUAUGCAAAAUUGGAUUGUGUGUUUUUUUUUUUUUAUUCUUUUUUAAUUUUUUUUUAUUGGUCAUUUUUUUGUUUUGUUUACUGCUACAGACUAGAACCUAAACUGAAACAACAACAAGAACAACAGUUGUCAGGAAAUUUGUUUUUCCACUCAGCUCGCUGUGGCAUUCCGGUCUUUGAUAUCAAAACGCGUCAAUUGUUGACUUCCUUACUUUAGAAAGCAACUUCCUUUUGAGGGCAUUUUAUGAAAAUGUGCAAACCAAUUUUUUCUUUUUUCUUUUUUUUUUUAGAAAAAAAAGAUUACAAAACCAACAACAACAUCAAAAAAAAUCUUUCAGAACAAUUCCGACCCCCCCGUUUGAUUUGUCGUCCCGAGGUAGAAACGGACCUCUCUUGCUCCGUCCUCCACGAUAUCACAACGAACAAGCCGUUCCCGGUGGUCUACGACCCUUGCAUGGUAACCAUAGUUACAACUUUACAACCAGUGGGAUCAUGGUAAAAACGACAACAACAGGAUAUAUGCGGGAGGACUGACAGCUAUGGACUCCACAAGCGUAGUGGCCAGUGCUUAACCUGUGCUAGUGAAAACCUUCUUUUUCAAGCUAAAGAAUCAUGCCAGCAGUGCAGAAUCACUCCAUGUUGACUCUUCUCCUGUUGAGGUAGUGUUGGUUUGUUUUCAUAGUCCUGGUUAAUGUGUCAGUAGGUAUUCAGAGGUUCCUGGUGCGCGCAGACCCGUCACUUUUACUUCACUGUUCCUGGAGAGCCAGAAACUUUCAUUUUUAUUGAUUUAUUUUUUCCUUUUUAGUGUUUGUAAUUGUGUCUGUGUAUUCAUUGUCACUGAGCACAAAUCCCAGGUUAGUACAGGUGUCGUUUCUAAUAGUGGGAUGGUAAUAACUGGAAUUGCUCUGUCAUAAACAUGCAUGCAUACACAGAAAACCUCUGCAAGGCACAUUACACACAAAUUAUAUAGAGAGAUUUUUUCAUAACCCCACCUCUGGUCAACUCCACUAAUGAAUUUUAUAAUAGAUGAUCAUUGCAGAAGCUAUGCAAUACUGUGAUCCCUUUUUUUCUUGCUAAUGCAUUUUUAACUAAUGUAAUUCCCAACUCUGGAGGGUGCAGUAAAACCAUUAACAAACGAAGCGUUACAGAAGGGUUACUUGAAGGGUUAUUUGUAUAGAUGUUUUAUUUUAUUUUUAUUUUUUUAUGACAGUUGCAACAAAGAUGUGACUUUAUUAUUUGAACCCUAAAACUCUUUGAUAUUUUAGGGACCUGAAAAAGAGGGUGAGUUCACUAGCACACUGGUUCAACCCCUGCCCCCGGUCACACUCAACAGAAACAAUAUUUAUGUAACAUCUCGACGAGUUCUCAUGUAGCAUGUAAAGAUUGUGUCUCUGCGUGUGGAUGUAUGUGUUUGUUGUUAAAAUCUUGGUUUAAAUUGUUUUAUAUAUAUAAAAGAAUAAGCAGUAUUAGGUAGGCAACUCAGGUGAGCUUACGAACAAACACUGCUUCUGACAGGCUUUAUAUUAGCUUUGAUUUUAACAUCAAAACUAGAUUAACAAAUCUGGAGCAUGUUUUUUUUUUUAAAUUUUUUUUAAUGCUUUACAUUUUGCUCACUGCAAAAUUUAAAGCAUUUUCUGUUGGAAAAAAAAGUGGUCUCCACUUAAAAAGGGGUUCAUUCCCUUUAAAGCAAUAAAAUAUUUAUUUAUUUCUUUUCA